UCGGAAACGGUGACGCCGUCGGUCAACGAACGAGGAGGGGCCACAGUCGCCGUGGUUUAUUCAUCACUCGCCGCGUGCAAGUCAUUCCAUCAUCACGAGGAGCUUAGCAACAGUGUCAUCAACCAUCGGGGGUAGCAAGCGGUAGCAGCAGGCGUCCUUUGUCCGCUCCAGGAUGAAGGAUUAACUAGACGGACCGCCGUUCUGUCGGGGAUUUUGCUCGCGUUCAAAAACGAGGACAACUUGUUAAGCGUCGAUUCGAGAACGCACCGUCGUUUGUUACCCCCGUCGAGAAGAGUCCAUUGGGCGCUGGGCGGAGACGCGGCGUUCUGUUAUGGGGUUUGAUAGCCGGUUUAGUCGAACCUAGCGGAGGAGUUGGCUGCCGAAGGAGGAGGAAGGGACAUCCCAUCGGUUUCGCGCGUACGGCGCUGGAUGGAUAAGUGAGAUGGCGGAGGCUUGGGAGAUGAUUGCCUUCAUCCAGCAGCAGUGGAUUCGAUCACGUAUACUAAGCAGUACAACAUAGCCUGAGCGAUUAAGUCUGCUGUCAUUGCGGUAUCUUGAGGGAUGGCGGCUUGCAGAGGCCUCCAUCCGGUACAAUAGGGAAUCGAUCAUGCCCGAUGGUGGUGUGAUCAGCAUACCCGAGACACCAGAGUCAGAGCGAAAAGGCUGGAAACCUCCAACCUUAAAGAGCCCUCUGAAGGCGUUACAUUCGAACUCCAACGGUGAGAAGAACAAUCAGAGACCCCUGGCAUCCCAGCUCUGCACGCCCAAAAAUAAAGGCCAACACCACUCGGCCAAGGGUGUACAUUACUCCGACUCUGACAGCGAUGGAAAAGACGAUGCCCCGGACACCACUGCCAAAGCGAAUUGCACGUCUUCCAAGCCCAACAGCGUGCGGUACAAGCUGCUAAAGAUGAGGGAGAUGUUCCCUCAACGCACCGACGACGAGUUGCUCGAGGUGAUCAAGGUUACAACUACACUGGACGGAGCCGUGGCAUCUGCCCUCCUUAUUUUCCCCCCGGAUACCGACUCAAACCGCAAGCGUAAACCCAUCUCACAGGAGUCUACCUCAAUGGACAGCCACACAAAGUUUUCACAGCCCUCCAGCAAGCGGAUGAAGAAGCAUGAUGAUUCAGACUCGGGCAGAAAUGGUGCACAGUCCUUGAAGGACCGGAACCGGAUGGUUAGUAGGUUGCAAGCCAAGUUCCCUGACCUGGACAAAGAGGAGCUGCGGGAGGUGCUCAGCCAACAUGGCUGGUCAUAUGAAAAUGCCCUAAUUUCUAUUCAAGCGUUUGCUGGUGAUGGGGAAUCUGACUCUGACGAUGAAGACAUAGUGGAGAGGGAGAUGAGAGUUGAGAAGAAAGAAGAGAAGUUUGAAGAGCCAGCAGUUGUCCAUAAAGUGAAGCCCAAUAGCGUAAUGGCAGAGCGUGCUCGGCAGAAGCUGGCCAUGUUUUCACACAAGCCUGUGUCCUCUGCCUCCUCCAAAAAGUUCCUGUCGGGGCCAAUCCUACAGAACGGCACUGCCAAGAACGGCAGCCCUAGUAGAGGGGCAGCACCGGUCAAGGCCAAUUCCAAGUCGGUCAAGGGAGGCAUCCGGGCCAAGCAGCCCAUCAAGGAGGCUUGCAAACCCAAAGCAAAGCCCAGCUCCAUUCGUAAAAUGUCUUCCUCCUCCGCAUCGGAGGAUGAUGACGAAAAGCCAAUGACUACGGAGAGCGACACAGACUGCGACGACGUGGGUGAUGAGGAUGCGGUUACCGAUAACGACGACUGUGGUCUCAGCGUUGAGAAGAGGGCAAAGGUGCUGGCAUUCUUCUGCGAUGCGACCAUUGAGGAGUUGACACUUGUGCACGGCUGCUCCAACAAGAAAGCGGACCUCAUUGUGGAGCUGCGGCCCUUCACGAGCUGGGAUGACCUGAUGAGGAAGCUGACAACCAAGAAGGGGCUCUCAGACCUGGUGUGGGAAUCGAACACGGUGCUGAAGGAGCGCGAGGUGGUGCUGCGUCUCAUGGCAGGGUGCAGCGAUGUGGCUGGUGGACUGGAGAGCUGUGUGAACCGCCUUCGCAGGAAGGAGUUGGCCGACGAUGACAAGGAGCAUCGUAUGCUGCGUCAACCCCCCAUCCUAAACCCUGCAUGCAAGAUGAAGUCCUACCAGCUGGUUGGGUUAAACUGGCUGGCACUUCUUCAUAAGCAAGAUGUGAAUGGAAUUUUAGCUGAUGAAAUGGGUUUGGGUAAGACAGUGCAAGCGAUCUCAUUUCUGGCCCAUCUGGUAGAGCUGGGCGAGAAAGAUCCACAUGUCAUCGUUGUACCAUCAUCGACAUUGGACAACUGGACAAGGGAGCUACAGAAGUGGUGUCCUGACCUGAAGGUGUUGCUUUACUACGGGUCCCAGGAGGAGAGGCGACACCUCCGCACAGAUAUCCUCCACAAGCAGGUCGACUUCAACGUCAUUGUCACCACGUACCAGUGUGCCAUCACCAAUGUGGAUGACCGAAGCCUGUUCCGCCGGUUGCGCAUAAACUGUGCCGUGUUUGAUGAGGGCCACAUGCUCAAGAACAUGGCCUCUCUGCGCUACCAGAACCUCAUGACCAUCAACGCACGAAGGCGACUGUUGCUGACGGGUACUCCGGUGCAGAACAAUCUCCUGGAACUCAUGUCUCUACUCAACUUCGUGAUGCCGCGCAUGUUUAGCAACAGCACGCAAGAGAUCCGGCGCAUAUUUGCCUCCUCGUCCACCAAAAAUGGCCAACGGCAGAGCAAGUUCGAAAGGGAGAGAAUCCAUCAGGCGAAGCAGAUCAUGAAACCGUUCAUCCUCCGCCGACUCAAAAUAGAUGUGCUGCAACAUCUGCCGAGGAAGUCUGAACGGAUGGAGCUGUGCCCGAUGUCGGAACGCCAGGCUUCGCUGUACACACAGCUUGUGCAGAGCUUUAAAAAAUCCAGUGACGGAGUUAAGACGACAGAGCUAUGUAACGUUAUGAUGCAGCUGAGGAAGAUGGCGAAUCACCCGCUGAUGCACCGUCACCUGUAUACAGACGAUAAAAUCCGGCAGAUGUCCCAGCUCAUCCUCAAGGAGCCGACCCACUAUGAUGCAGACCCGGCGCUGGUGCAGGAGGACAUGGAGGUUCUCAACGACCUGGAGCUCCACCGUCUGUGCCUCCAGUACCCCUCGCUGGCUUCUCACAGCCUGCCGCGUUCCGCCAUACUAAGCUCCGGCAAGCUGCAGUUUCUCUCAACGCUAUUGCCGGCCCUCAGGAGCAAUGGUGAUCGCGUGGUGAUGUUCAGCCAAUUCACCAUGAUUUUAGACAUCCUGGUACAGUUCCUGGAUCAUCACGGUUACUCUUACUUGCGUAUGGAUGGCAGCACUCGAGUGGCAGAGCGCAUUGGGCUCAUCGACCGCUUCAAUGAGGAGCCCGAGAUUUUUGUGUUCCUGCUGUCAACGCGUGCUGGUGGCCUUGGCCUCAACCUGACGUCUGCCAACACCGUGAUCUUGCACGACCCCGACAUGAACCCCUACAAUGACCAGCAGGCCGAGGAUCGCUGCCACCGCGUGGGACAGACACGCCCGGUGCAGGUGAUCCGGCUGAUCAGCGCUGGCACGGUGGAGGAGGCCAUCGUGCAAAUGUCUAAGCACAAAUUGCAACUGCAGCAGGAUAUAACGGUCACCAACAACAAGAACAUAGAUAAUGAACUGCCAGCUGAGCUUGCCUCUCUGCUACAGCAAAUGCUGGGCCAAUGAAGAGAUUAACUACGAAGUUUUUCUUCCGAUGGGAGUCGAAACAAAGUCUGCAAUGAAAUGUCUUGUAUCUAAGUGCACAUGGGUGUCUUGUGUGUGUGUGGGUGCGCGCGCCAGUCCAUAUGUGUCUUAUACAUACAAUUUUUACAGAUUCAUUAUUGUACUUUUCUGGAUAAAAGUGCCAGAACUGUGGGCCAAGACCAAAACCCGUGCGAGUUUUGUCUGUCUGUAGACUUCAGUUGCUUCAUUAUGUGCUUGUGAUUGGUCCAUUGCUCCAUGUACUCCAGCUUAUAUUUGUACUCCAGCAUUGCCUUGUGUCCCUGUAGCAGUGGCAUUAAAGUGGGGUUGAUGCCCCGUUUCCUGUGAUAAGUGGAAUUAAUGACAGUAGUUGCCUGUAAAUACUUGGAGGACCUGAGUAAACCAAACAAAAAAAACUGCUUAUUGAUGUCGAACUUUGUUGUGUUGUUCUUAUUGUUAUCUUGAUAAUUGAGCCCUUGCCUUUUUUCUUCAUUGUAAGUUCUUUAUAUAUUUAGUCUACAUUUAAUAAAGCUGAACCGACAAAA